AUGAACAUGUUCGGGAAAGAAAAGGGCCCCCCGGCGCUCCCACCGAGGCCCAGCAAACAGGGAAUCAACAACGAAUCCACAAGUAACCCCAAGUCCAAGAGGACUCAAGUGAUGGGCGUGAUGCAGAAAGUCAACCCCUUCAAAGCUUUGUCGCAGACGCCUUCCACAGUCACUUCGAACUCGUCGGAACCUGGAACUGAAUCCACGCAGAAUCCUAACAUGCUGAAAGGAAUGAUUCAGAAAGUCAACCCAUUUAAGUCUUCAGGACAGGUGGCAAAGAGGGACCUUCAGAUUGAGUCUUCGGAGAAAGAACAGGAUGGAAAACAAAACCCCGGAACAAUUGUUCGUGCCAUCCAGAAGGUCAACCCGUUCAAAUCCUGGCAAUCAAAGGACGCGCAACCUCUCCAGCCCGAUGUCUCCUCUGACCGAGAAAAUCCGACUGACACGAACAACCUAUCCACAAAGCCGCAAGAGGCCAACACUGAGAGUUUACACGAUGAUGACGGCGCUGAUCUGAAAAGUCGAACAAAUGAAAAGCCAAAGAUACGAAUGAAGACCUUUAGAAUCAAAAGAAUUCUUCCCGCUGCCCUCUUUGGUUCUGGUGCAAAGGAAUCUGGGACACUGCCUCAGGAGGUGGAGGUCCAAACCCUUGAGAUGGUCGACUUACCUUCGCUCCAGGAGUCAAAUGACUUGGACCCUCUGGAGGAUGAAGGAGGACUCCUAACUUGGUGGAGAACAGCCGACGGCUGGAACGAGUGGAACGAGAGUGUCCUCAACCACUCAUCUGAAGAGGUUGUGGAAGAAGCGGCUGACCGUGUGUUCAUGGCGGCGCGGCUGUUCGUGGCUCUGUUCAACCGGCGUGGCGCCUCGCUCCAGCAGCGCAUCCUGGAGCUCCUGGCGCUGGCCGACUCCGCCGACGAGUUCCACAAGAAGACGUUGUCGGCUAGCGUGGGCGGGAGCGUGGCGGGCGUGGCCGGCUCAGUUACCACCAUCACUGGACUCAUCCUGGCCCCGUUCACGGCCGGGACGUCCCUCAUUGUGACGGCUGUGGGUAUCAGCGUGGCCACGGCGGGCGGCGUGACCUCCGCCUCCGCCAACAUCACCGACACGGUGCAUUCUAAGACGGACCGCAAGAAAGUGGAGAAAAUGAUCCAGGGCUACCAGGAGGAGAUGAGUGACAUCAAGGACUGUCUGGAGUUCUUACAGGAAGGGAUGGAGACUCUGGAGGAGUGGAACUUUGAGCGCUACACUAAGAGUAUCUCCCAGAAGUAUUUGAACCAGAACAUCAAACAUGUCAUGAAGGAGGGCGGGCGGGCUGGUAAGGCUCUGGUGGUCAACGCGGAGAGCCUUGUUAGCACCGUGCAGAUUCUGAGCGUUGCGGGCGGCGCCGCCAAAGCCGUCCAGGUCAUGAGCGUCACCACAGGAGUCAUGUCCGGACUCUUCCUUGCGCUCGACCUCUUCUUCUUGGCCAAGGACUCGAGGGAGUUGAAGAAGGGCGCCAAAACGGAAUUUGCCGCUAAGAUCCGAGAGGUUUGCAAGGACCUGCAGGACGGGCUCCUGGAGCUCAACCGCAUCAAGGAAGACCUGCAAAAGACCAUGGACGGCAUCCAGGUAGAGGAAGACUAUGAGGACGAUGACGACCAGACCCUGAAGGUGGAGCUAAAGAAACUUGUUGAGCUGGAAGAGUGA